GCGCGCGCGGGGCCGCGGAGGGAGGGCGGGAGGUCGCCCGCGAGACCCCGCAGGGGUCGCCGCCGUCGGGGCGCCAGCGCGCGGGGGCUCGCAGGGGUUCACGUCCGGGCGCCGAGCGAGAGGCGGCGCCGGGGUGUCGUCGUUUCCGCGGCCGCCGCGCGUCCGGCGUCGCGACCCUCGGCCGGGGCGCGGGAGCGGAAGCAGGGGCCGGGGCUCACGCUGUGCCCGGCCUGGCUCCCCGGGGACCUCGUGUGCCGGCCGCGGGUUCGGGCCGCGGCCUGAAGGGGACGGGGCAGCGGGCCUCCGCGUCCAAGUCGGGAGAGCCGCUGACUGCAGCAGGUGUGCCGGCUGCGUGGAGCAGCCCAGCGGCCCUUUGCGGGUAGUCCUGGAAUGUUCUAGAAAGCCUGAAGUUGGUUCCUGUGUCCGUGGCCCGGCUGACACCGCCACAGCCGACUUGUGCCGCCAGGACUUAGGUGCAGCUUCUGCUGUCGCUUUCUCAGCGUAGGCCUGUGUGUCACCUGUCAGUCACCUGUCAGUCACCCGUCACUGCCCGUCGAAGCUCAGAGCUGGACCCAUCUCUGUGGACCCAUCUGGGACCUUGGCACGUUUGUCGCCUUCAUGGGCUUCGGGAAAUGCCUUAAGAAUCGAAACAGCUCGGAAUUCGUGGAGGACCAGGAGGCAUCCCCCUGCGGCCUCAGUGCUGGUGGUGCUGGGGGCUGGUGAGGACGGGGGUCUUUCCACACCGCGAUGCCGCGUGGCCGGCCGGCCCGGGAGGCGUGGAGAACAGCAGCAGCCUGGCUUUGCUUCCUUUUGUUGGAAGAACGUUUCCUGGUGGAUCAGGACCCUAACAGGAGCCCACCCCGGCCCCGGAAUUGGAGCCGUUCCCCAGCAGAGGGCCUUCGGACUCACUCGGAAGAUCGGCUCCCACGCCAGGGUCGGCCGGACUCCCGCCUUCUGCCCAGAAGGCCGCCGUGGGAGCCUCUGCACUGGGACAAGCCCCACCCGAGCCCCGGGCACGGGGCCACGACUGCUGCAGGGACACGGACGGCCGCCGGGUCGCUCCGUGGUGAGGUUCGUUUCCUGUGUCCCCAGGGUCUGAGCCCCUCAUGGGGACGCUGACAGCCACAGAGGGGAAGCCCCCCACCCUCCUGCCACCCACAGCUGCAGGAGGGCCCUGGUGACUGGACAGACAGAGCCCACGGAGCCAGCGCCGCCCCGCCCAGGUGAGACAUGAGGGCGGCCGCCCCGUUGUCGCUGGAGGGGCAGCGCCGUGUCGGCCCCGGGGAGCCGCGUCCAGGCGGCAGGCGCAGCGGCCGUCCUAGGUCAGCGAGGCCUGCAGCGGCCGUGUCGGCCCCAUGGUCGUUCCCAGUUACAGUGGGUGCCAUUUUUAGAGUAUUUCUCUGAACUUUUUAAAAAGAAGAUUUAUCUAUUUGAAAGGCAGAGUUACAUAAAGGAAACAGAGAGAGAGAGAGAGGUCUUCCAUCCGCUGGUUCACUUCCCAGAUGGCUUACAACGGCCGGAGCUGGGCUGAUCUGAAGCCAGGAGCCAGGAGCUUCUUCCGGUCUCCCACAUGGUGCAGGGGCCCAAGGGUUUGGGCAUCUUCCACUGCUUUCCCAGGCCGCAGCAGAGAGCUGGAUCGGAAGUGGAGCAGCCGGGCUGGCACUGCGUUACCUAACCCAUUGUGCUUCAGCGCUGGCCCCCAGGCUCUUCCUGACCUCAAGGUGUUUAUGCCACUCCAGGUCCCAGCACAGAGCCGUGUGGCCAGGCUCAGCCAGGCCGGCUUCUCAGCAUCGCCCUGCCUGGCUCAGGCUGUGCACCUGCUCCUGUGCCGCCCUGAGGCAGCUGGGGAAGGGCUGGGCUGUGGUUUGGACUCUGGCAUUGGUCAGAUGCCCCCUGCCCGAGUCCUGUCUACCCGGAUGGCUUGGUGGCGGCCAUGGGCGUUCUGUGUGCUGAGAAUUCACAACAGCCUUCCGUUCCAGGUGGCCGCUGAGGGGCCGUCCCUGCAGCCACGCGACAGGGACGCAGGUCCACUCCUCCUGGGACCUGGACACCUGGCCGGGCCGUGGCCUCAGGACCACUGCAGGAGCCGGCAGCUGGUUGUGAGCAGGGCCACGGCUUCUCUAGGGCCAGCGCCGGUGUGGCUGCACUCCCCGCCCUGGCCCCUGGCCCCUGGCCUGGACGGCUUUGCUCUGAAGUCACCUGAGCCGCCCCACAGGACACCCACACUGCUUGCAGUGGUCUCAAGGCAGGGCCCAGCCCACUGGCGCCGACAUCCCUGCCCUGGACGGCCACUUGUGCCUGCCUCGCCGCUGCGGCCUGGGCUGUCCAGGUGUGCCUGGCCACCAGGGACGGCCUGCCCAGCUGCUGGGACAGAAGCAGACAGUGAGGGGUGGCCGAGGGGCAGUGUGCUGGGGGCAGGGGCUUCAUCCGUGGUCCCUGGAGUCCACCAGCUGCCAGGGCCCAGCGCCCCGAUGGGAGCCAGUGGGGCAGGUGCACUUCUGUCUCCAGGUGACAGCUUCAGCUUGGUUAGAUCACGUGGCAUUGCUGCCUUUUGGGGCAGAAAAUUAUGCCGCUCUUUUGAGAAGCGGAGCCCAGGAGCUCCCCACUGUUUCCUGGGGAGGUCAGAGGACUGUGCCCGGCUAUGGGGACCUCAUGUUUUCUGUUUUCCAUCUUUAAAAAAAAAAUACGUCUACAUAUUCAUUUAUGAGGCCAAGAGCGAACGAGCUCUCGUUGCUGGUUCAUUCCCCAAACGCCCGCGGUGGCCGGGCUGGGGAGUCAAUCCCUGUUUUCCACAGGUGCAGCAGGAAGCUGGGUGCCUGAGUCAGGGCCGGCACUGCCUCCCAGGGUGCAGGUCUGCAGGAAGUGGGUGGUGGGUCCUGACCCCAGCCCUCUACCUCCACUGGACCCUGGGCUCUGUGUCAGCCCCCUGGGCCCUGGGAGCAGGUGGACGUGAGGCCGGGGCGGGUACCGAUGGGCUGUUCCACAGGGGGGCAGGCAUCUGGGGAGCAGGCAGCCCCCACCAUUCCAGGACCGCGGCCAGUGCCAUCCCCCUGUGCCUGCUCCGUUGCUCCAGUCUGCGGUCAGUCUGAGGCUGGGCAAGAGUUGGGACGGUGCCGCCCACAGCAGGGAGGCAGUUGGUGUGGCCGCCUCUCGGGGACCUGGGGCCUGGGACGAAUCUGUGAGCGUCCUCCCCUGCUCACCCCCAUCCCUGCUAAACAAGGACCCACUGUGGAGUGACAGAGGGUUAAUAGCUGAGAACUUGCCCCAGGUGGAUGUGCUGGGUGGGGACAGAAGCCCCAGGCAGUGGUGUGAGGAGUGAGGGUGACCUGUGGCCAGGCGUCAAGAAGCAGAGUCCCUGGGCCGCUCAGGGCCCCUGAGGCAGGGCCCUGGACGUGGGAGGCGGCAGGAUGCAGCCAGCACUCAGCAGGUGCCCAUCUUGUGCCACUAGGAACCCACAGCCUGAGAUAAGAGACAUAGUGGGGCCAGCGCUGUGGCGUAGCAGGUAAAGCUGCCACCUGCAGUGCCGGCAUCCCAUGUGGGCGCCAGUUUGAGUCCCGGCUGCUCCACUUCCGACCCAGCUCUCUGCCGUGUCUGGGAAAGCAGUGGAGGAUGGCCCAAGUCCUUAGGCCCCUGCACCCGUGCGGGAGACCAGGAAGAAGCUCCUGGCUCCUGGCUUCGGAUCAGCCUAGCUCUGGCCAUUGUGGUUAUUUGGGGAGUGAACCAGCAGAUGGAGACCUCUCUCUCUGUGUCUCUGUCUCUCUCUAACUCUGCCUUUCAGAUAAAUUGUAAAAUAAGAAAGAGACGUCACCCACGUGGAACCCAUACCCGGUCACACCGAAAGCAGAAGUCACUGCUGCUUGUGGGUGCUGUUCUGCGUAGACAGGGACCAGGGCAGGUGGCAGCCUGGUGGCAAGGACUCCAGUGAAAGCCCUGAGUCCUCAUCAGAGCCUCCGGCUUUGAUGGUGGCUCCUGACCCGCCUCCUGCUGCUGCACGGCCUGGGCGGCCAUGGCGAUGGCUCAUGCCACUGAUCCCAGCCGGGGCAGGCCAGACGUUUGGGGUGGAGGACUGGUCAGCCCCUCGGCAGGUGUCCAGGGGGUGAGUGUGGGUGGAGGACCGGUCGGCCCUCGGCAGGUGUCCAAGGUGUCCGGGCAGUGAGUGUGAGUGGAGGACCGGUCGGCCCUCGGCAGGUGUCCGGGCAGUGAGGACCAGUCGGCCCCUCGGCAGGUGUCCGGGCAGUGAGUGUGGGUGGAGGACCGGUCGGCCCUCGGCAGGUGUCCGGGCAGUGAGUGUGGGUGGAGGACCGGUCGGCCCUCGGCAGGUGUCCGGGCAGUGAGGACCGGUCGGCCCUCGGGCUCAAGCCUCCGUGGAGGAGGAGUGCUGCCGCUGUUCCUGACACAGCCGAGCAGCAGGGUCGCCGCCCUUUCUGAAGGCGCUGGUGCAGCCUCUCCCGCAGGUCCCGCCCCUCGACACCUGAGUCUGGUUCCCUGGGACGGGGCCUGGGUGUGAGGGUGGGGUGGGGCCCCGGGUCAGCCCCAUGAGCUGCCUGCUGUCCCUGUGGGUUGGGCAUCCUGGGAGGGGGUGUCCAGCCAGGGUCUGCUGUGGCUGAGCAGUGGGUGGGCUGAAGAGGAAGACUGACAGCGAUGGAGGCACGUGACGCGGCCACCGGGCACCGCAGGCGCUGUGCAGUGUGGGCUCAGGGUGGGCGCUGCGGAGCAGCUGGCCUGCAGGGAAAGCAGAUGCUGGCCACGUGCGGUGGCCACGUGCGGUUGCCACAUGCGGAAGGCGGAGCUUGGGGUGGAGGCUGCAGGCUGGGCAGCGGAUGCUCCGGGUGCCCGGGGCUGAGCCAGUGCUGCCACCGGAUCUCGGGCCGGGCACGCGGCAAACCCGUGCGGUCUCCAUGGGCCGCCCCAGGCACCUGGUUGCAGUGACGGAGACAGCCGUGCUGAGAACCCCGGAGACGCGGUGGGGGUGGGGUGGGGUGCUGCGCUCGCCCAGGCUGGGGUCUGUGCAGGGCCCAUGGGUGACGGGGAGCAGGAGUCUGAGGCCCAGAGCAGCAGAGCCGGCGUGAGGCCGAGGCACAGCCCAGGGGAGCGUGUCGGUCUCGGGCUCUGGGGUCGCGGCUGUGAUCUGAGUGGUGGAGUGGGGGUCUCUGCCGAGACGUGUGCCCUGUGUGCCGCCGAGCCCUUCCUGAGGGGCCAGCGCUGCGGCGUAGCAGGGGAAGCCUCCACCUGUGACCCCGCGUCCCACAUGGUCACUGGCUGCAGUCCUGGCUGCCCAUGUCCAGUCCAGCUCCCUGCUACUGCGCCUUGGAAAGCAGUGGAAGACGGCCCAGGUAGUUGGGCCCUGUACCCACGUGGGAGACCCAAAGAGGCUCCUGGCUCCUGGCUUCAGCCUGGCCCAGCCUCAGCCAUGGUGGCCAUUUGGGGAGUGAACCAGCAGAUGGAAGAUUGAUCUCUCUCUCUCUCUGUAACUCUGCCUUUUAAAUAAAUAAAUAAGUAAAUAAAUAAAAUAUUAAAAAACAAACAAAAAGCCUUUCUGAGAACAGUUUGCACCCGUGAUGAUCUCGCCGUGGACAGCCUGGGGCCGGCGCUGCCACACAGCGGGUGAGGCCACCACCGGCACCACAGACAUCCCGUUCGGGUGCCAGUUCUCAUCCCGGCUGCUCCUCUUCUGACCCAGCUCUCGGCUGUGGCCUGGGAGAGCAGUAGAAGAUGGCCCACGUGCCUGGGCCUCGGCACCCACGUGGGAGAUCCGGAAGAGGCUCCAGGCUCCUGGCUUUGGAUCAGCACAGCUCCUGCCAUUGGCGGCCAUUUGGGAGUGAGCCAGUGGAUGGAAGACCUCUCUCUCUGUCUCUCCCUCUCUCUGUAAUUCUGCCUUUCAAAUAAAGAAAGUCUUAAAAAAAGUAAAGAAGUGGGGACAGCUUCAUAAAUCAGCAGGUAGGGGGCCGGCGCUGUGGUGCAGCAGGUUACAGCCCUGGUCUGCAGUGCCGGCAUCCCAUAUGGGCGCUGGUUCAAGUCCUGGCUGCCUCACUUCCGAACCAGCUCUCUGCUAUGGCCUGGGGAAGCAGAAGAUGGUCUAAGUGCUUGGGCCCCUGUACACGCAUGGGAGACCUGGAAGAAGCUCCUGGCCCCUGGCUUCGGAUCGGCCCAGCUCUGGCCGUUGCAGCCAUCUGGGGAGUGAACCAGUGAAUGGAAGACCUCUCUCUCUCCCUCUCUCUCUCUUUGCCUUUGCCUCUGCCUCUCUGUAAUGCUAUCGUUCAAAUAAAUAAAUAAAUAAACAAACCUUCUUUAAAAAAAAUCAGCAGGUGGGAGACAAGGUGGGGGUCGUGCUCGGGUCUGCUCCUUCCGAGGCCGAUCGGACGAAGAGUUAAAGACCCCUCCCUCCCAGGGGCCACUGCUCGUGACUCGUCCGCGGGGCCCAGGAGCACCCCUGCUCAGGGCUGAGCUGUGUGUUGGAGAUGCGUUUCUAAAGCUUCAUUUGUUUAUUAAAUUUUCAUUUUAUCUGAAAGGCGGAGACAGGUAGAGGUCCUCCACCCUCUGGCUCACUCCCCAGAUGGCUACAACAGCCAGGGCUGGGCCAGGCCAGAGCCAGGAGCCCAGAACUCCGUCAGGUCUCCCGCGUGGGUGGUGGGGACCCGAGAACUUGAGCCGUCACCUGCUGCCCCCAGGGCUUGCACAAGCAGGGGGCAGAGGAGCUGGGGCCCCAGCCCAGGCCUUGACGAGGGAUGCAGGCGUCCCACACGUGACUGAGCUGGCUGAUGUUGGAUGUGGGGUCCCACGCGUGACUGAGCUGGCUGACAGGAUGUGGGGUCCCACGCGUGACUGAGCUGGCUGACGAGGGAUGCAGGCGUCCCACACGUGACUGAGCUGGCUGACAGGAUGUGGGGUCCCACACGUGACUGAGCUGGCUGACAGGAUGUGGGGUCCCACGCGUGACUGAGCUGGCUGACACAGGAUGUGGGUCCCACACGUGACUGAGCUGGCUGACGAGGGAUGCAGGCGUCCCACAUGUGACUGAGCUGGCUGACAGGAUGUGGGGUCCCACGCGUGACUGAGCUGGCUGACAGGAUGUGGGGUCCCACGCGUGACUGAGCUGGCUGACGAGGGAUGCAGGCGUCCCACACGUGACUGAGUUGGCUGACGUAGGAUGUGGGGUCCCACGCGUGACUGAGCUGGCUGACAGGAUGUGGGGUCCCACGCGUGACUGAGCUGGCUGACGAGGGAUGCAGGCAUCCCACACGUGACUGAGUUGGCUGACGUAGGAUGUGGGGUCCCACGCGUGACUGAGCUGGCUGACAGGAUGUGGGGUCCCACGCGUGACUGAGCUGGCUGACAGGAUGUGGGGUCCCACACGUGACUGAGCUGGCUGACGAGGGAUGCAGGCGUCCCACACGUGACUGAGCUGGCUGAUGUUGGAUGUGGGGUCCCACGCGUGACUGAGCUGGCUGACAGGAUGUGGGGUCCCACACGUGACUGAGCUGGCUGAUGUUGGAUGUGGGGUCCCAUGCGUGUCUGAGCUGGCUGACAGGAUGUGGGGUCCCACACAUGACUGAGCUGGCUGACACAGGAUGUGGGUCCCACACGUGACUGAGCUGGCUGACAGGAUGUGGGGUCCCACGCGUGACUGAGCUGGCUGACAGGAUGUGGGGUCCCACGCGUGACUGAGCUGGCUGACGAGGGAUGCAGGCGUCCCACACGUGACUGAGCUGGCUGAUGUUGGAUGUGGGGUCCCACGCGUGACUGAGCUGGCUGACAGGAUGUGGGGUCCCACACGUGACUGAGCUGGCUGAUGUUGGAUGUGGGGUCCCAUGCGUGUCUGAGCUGGCUGACAGGAUGUGGGGUCCCACACAUGACUGAGCUGGCUGACACAGGAUGUGGGUCCCACACGUGACUGAGCUGGCUGACAGGAUGUGGGGUCCCACGCGUGACUGAGCUGGCUGACGUAGGAUGUGGGGUCCCACGCGUGACUGAGCUGGCUGACAGGAUGUGGGGUCCCACGCGUGACUGAGCUGGCUGACAGGAUGUGGGUCCCACACGUGACUGAGCUGGCUGACGAGGGAUGCAGGCGUCCCACACGUGUCUGAGCUGGCUGACGUAGAUGUGGGGUCCCACGCGUGACUGAGUUCCUGGGGGAAAUGCCAGCGCCAGGGCAGCCGCUGAAUCCGUGCCGCAGGCGCCGAGCAGGAGGCUUCCUGUGCGUGCCGGUGCCGCGCUCCCGCCCGGGCCGUUUGCAGGGCCUUUGUGGUUCGUCUGCGCUGGUUACUCCGGCAGAGCCAGCCUAAAGGCGUCGCUGUGAGACUCGGAGCGCCCGAUCGAUCGAUCGCUGUUUUCUGUUGCCCUGUCGGAGUGGGGGAGGUGGGAAUUCAGGAAGAGCUUUGCCCUGCGCCUCUGGGGGCUGGGAGGCCCGGGUGGAGGCGCUGGCGUGUGGGGGCGAGAAGGGCUGACCUCGCUUGAAUUUUAUCUGGAAGGCAGAGACGGAUCUCCGUCUGCUGGGUCGCCCCCAAUGGCUGCAGCAGCUGGGGCCGGGCCGGGCCGGGAGCCGGGAGCUCCAUCCAUGUCCCCGGCGGGGGUGCAGGGGCCCAAGCACGUGAGCCACAGCCUGCUGCCUCCCAGCCGGAAGCCGCAGGUGCAUUGCGGGAGGGGCGGUGUUGGCCGCAGAAACGGUUUCACGGCAGCCGGAGGCGGCGCCCUCCGUGAGCAGCACGCUGGUGCUCAGCGCGCGCGAUGGGGGCCCUGCUGACCCGCCCCGCGAGCCCCCGUCUGGAGAGGGUCUUUGUGGGGGUGCGUCUUCCCAGAGCAGCCAGCGACAGGCCUGGUCAGCCACGUGCCCCCACCCCGGACACCUGCAGCCUGGGGUGGGGAGGAGGACGGGGUCGCGGGCUGCCUUCCCACAGGUGGCCCUGCCCAUGCGCGUGCCCGCGUCUUCACACGGGUGCCAGCGUCCCGGCAGGGCCGCUCCUCGCCGGACACCUUCAGCAGCAACUUGCUGUGUGGUGGUGGGGGGUGUCUGCCGGGCCCCCUGUGCACAGCUGGGCCCACAGGUGGCCAGCGUCGUGGGGGUGGUGCCGAGACUCCCCCCAGGAAUCUCCCGGGGCGUUUCCCGCACAGGUGAUGCUGGGAGGCCCACAGCAGGGCCCCGCACAGCAAGGUGGAGCCUGAGACUUUGAGCAGCUUUAGGGUUAAACCCGUGGCCACCGCGUGUUCCGUGGGGGGUGCCAUGCAGCAGGGCUGGCAGCGUGGAGACAUGUAGUGCAGGAGCCAGUGCGUCUGGCGUGACCCGUCCUCUGCACCGUGCCCUGCCUGCCUCCAGCCGCCCAGCGCUCACCGGGCCUGGCCUCGGACACCGUUCUGGAAGGUUCACUCUGGCCCUCGCAGGCCGGUGUGGAUGACCGUCCACGCCCAGGCUCUCCUGAGCUCUUGUGCCCCGGGCCUGAUUCCCGAGGUCAUCGUGGGUGUGCAGAGCCGUGCAGAGCUGUGUGUGCUUGUGGGCAUUGCGGUCUCAGGUCCGACCGGGGCAUGCUGGUGAGGGCCUCGGCUUGGGCUGCAGAGCCCCACGUUGGGCACAGCCGGCUCGGCAUCUGCCAUUGCUGCCCACGGGGCCUCGGCGGCCCUGCUGCGCCGACCUCCCUCCAAGCCCAGCCAGGCGCCUCCACCUGGACACCCAGGGACAGUGCUGCCUGCCCCUGGCCUGGGUGGGAGCGGGCUCCGAGGGCAGGGUGUCCACGUGCCUGGCGCCAACACUGGCCACCAUCUGGGUGGCUGGAGGGGCCAGCAGGCCGCAGGUGGGAGGCUGCCCCGCCCACCGCCCACCGCCCGCUGACGCCAGGGCCUGUGUC